UCGAGGAAGUGCCUGUCAUGGACGUUGUUUACCUGCGGGUGUUAUGCUAUCGCGACUGGCUCAUUCUUGGACAUAAAUGAUAGGAAAUGGCAGCCGUAUUUCUAGUAACAUUAUAUGAGUACUCCCCUUUGUUCUACAUCAGUGUUGUGUCCUUAUGUUUUGUUAUUACGGCGGCCAUGGUGCUCGGCUGGUUUGGGUUUGACGUGCCAGUGAUUCUACGCAGCUCUGAUGAGGCAGAGUCUGUCCUGCCAGCUCCAGAGAAGCGAAUGGUUCAGGUGACAAAUCCGUUUGCCCUGGAGUUGGGAUCUGGGACGGCGUCCGUCACUGAUGGUGUGUUUCUGAGGCCUUGCUGCCUGGAGCCCUGUGUCCUGAGCUGUUUCUGGGGCUGUGGGGUCCAUGCCCUGCAGGGGGCGCUACAAGCCCACCAGCAUGGCCCCAGGCUCAACACCCCGCAGCGUUUCCAGGAGGCCCUGCACCUCCAGUACAACCACUGCCAGAGCUUCCACAUCGGCAGUGAAGACAGAGAGGAGCGUCACACAGAGAUGGCGGCAGAACAGGGCAUCACAGAUUUUGGUCUUCUGCCAAGGGAUCGCUACCCAUUAGUGGCGGUGCUGACGCUGGCCGAGCCAGAGGCCAGGGAGGCCUACAACAUCGUGGCCAGCGUCACAGUUGUCCACGUGCCCGAUGACAAAUACAGCCUGUCUGCACGGAUCCUGUUCCAGCACCUCCUCACGUCACAAGGGAACAUGUACGAGCUAAAGCCUCUCUUCAUGUCAGCUGAGAGCGGGGGGUCGUCUGAGCCUCCUGACCCAAACCAGAGCCCCGAACCCCCAGACGCUCAGGACUGGGCACCCAGCGGAGGCGGAGAGAGUCCCAUGACAGAGGAGGAAGAGAGGGAUUGGUCAGAAGGAAAGGCCAGAGACUGCGUUGUUUGUCAGAACGCGUCAGUGAACCGAGUCCUGCUGCCCUGCAGACACGCCUGUGUGUGUGACAGCUGUGUGUCGCACUUCCAGCACUGCCCCAUUUGCAGGGCUUUUGUUAUCGAGUCCUUUGCCCUGUUGCAGAGGCCGGCCACAGGAGAGUGAGCCCGUGUUUUACAGGUUAAUGUAGGGGAUCAUACACAGCCAGCUGGCCAUGACUGCAAAACAAGACCAAAUAGGGCAGCCCUGACACGAAACAUUGAUUUUAAAUUAAUUUCACAACAACGUGAAAUAACUUACAAGCUUCUUCUUCUUAAAAAAAAAAAAAAAGAGUAGCUCAACCUGCGAUCAAAAGUUUCAAGCCCCUGACUAAAUUAUCAUUAGGAUAAAUGUCAUCUUUCUAAC